UUUUUUCAACUGUUUUGUAUUUUCUUUUAUCUUUUUUUAUGUCUCAUAAAAACAGUCCUCAUAGGGCUGUCUAAGGUGGUCUGGGCCCCCUAGCUGCGUUGUCUGAGGACGCCUUCAAAACAAACCCCUGAAAUUGGCAUAAUGAAUUUGUUGCAUCCCUCCAGUCCACUUCUUUAUGUUUUCAACAUUGUUGUGUGCUCUAUUUUGAUUUAAAUGUACAUGGACACCAAGGGACCGUUGUUAUUUUAAUGGGCGUUUCAGGGCCCUGCUGCAUACAUGGGGCCCCCGGCUUUAGCCCGUGCAAGCCUGUGAAUUAAUCUGGCCGUGUGUGCCUCACUGCUUGGUCUGAAAUAAGUAUCGUAAUCCAAGAUACACAAGAAGUCCAUUUGUGACCGUAAGGGUGUAAUGUACCAUUGGACAUUUUACUCUCUAAAGGUGCAUCCUAAUUAUUGGACAUAGACUCUCUAAGGGUGCGUCCUACUAGAAGCAAAAGCCAGCAUGCUGGAUGUCAUGCCGUGGUUGAUGCCUUCAGACUGCACAUGUCACCACCACAUUCACCUCAUGCAAAUGCACAUUUUGCAAAUUCUGUGGCAGCACCACAAAGCCUGACGCAACCACCACUGCCACCACCACCCCUUACCCGCUGCCUCCCACCCCUGUAUGCUACUAUUCAGUGUCUUGGGUGAUUUAUCAUGUUGCACGAGGGUCCUGCUUGCCCACUCCCUCCUCUUUGCUUUUAAUUGAGUUUAUCUUUGCUCCCCCGAGGCCUUCACUGUCUAAACUUAAAGACGGGUGCUCGUGUGGCCCCGCCCAGCUUUGGGUCUGUGAUUCACCAGGUCGCAACCCGAGAGCACUCACCAGGCCCGACUAGUGCUGGAGCUGAGCUUUGUGUCACUGCAGCAUGACUGCUUGUGGUAACAGGACAAAACGCUGGUCCUGGCAGACCACAGUGGACUCUUUCAUGUCCUCCGUCCACUCACUCCCGCACUGCAUAAUGAUGAAUCGCCGCUUCCUGCAAACGGUUCUCGCCCUCACGCUGUGGUGGUCCCUGAGAGGGUACCACGUGCACAGCCAGUGUGAAAAGUCCUCAGAAUCUUCAAAAGUCAACCUGUCAGUCAACCACCACCUCCCGACGUUCACCGCAGACUUCCCCAUCCAGAAUAUGGUGGAAUUGGAUGGCAUCGUCUACGUGGGGGCUGUGAAUAGAAUCUAUGCCCUGGCCCCCAACCUUACCAAGCUGUCCGAGUACCACACAGGCCCGCUGCUCGCCAACGAGACUUGUGGGUCUGGCACCGCCACUGGCAGCAAGGUGGACAACCACAACAUCGCCUUGGUGGUGGAGAACAUGUACGAUAAAGGCUUGUACAGCUGCGGCUCAGCAGACAACGGCGUCUGCCGCCGGCACGUCCUGGACGACGACUUCAGCCCUAAGACUGUGGACGAGGAGGUGUACUGCUUUGCGGACAAGGUGGCGCCAGGCAGGGGUCAACCUAGCGAGCCGGAUGUCGUGGUCAGCCCCUCAGGCUCUCAGGUGCUCAACGUGGAGAGCAACGUGAUCAAGUUCUUUGUGGGAAACUCUGAGAUUCCCGGUUUGGGAAGUCCUCCGAAUGGUGCCAGUCAUCCUCACACCAUGUCUCUGAGGAAGAUGAAGACGAGCCAGAAUGGCUUCACCUUCUUUUCCAGCCUCUCCCACAUGGACCUGAUCCCGUCUCUACGUGGAAACUACUACUUGCGCUAUGUUUACUCCUUCCACAGUGGACCCUUCACCUACUUCCUGACCGUGCAGCAGGUCAGCAGGGACACGCAGGCCUUCCACACUCGAAUUGUGCGCAUGUGCUCCUCGGACAUCGUGAUCCGCCGCUACGUGGAGCUGCCGUUGGAGUGCAUCGGCACCGACAAGAGGCGGCGACGCUCGCCGGAGGACAUGAAAGUGUUCAACCUGUUGCAGGCGGCCCACGUCUCCAAGGUGGGUCACGACGUGGAGCUGCAGAGGCACCUGAAGGUGGAGGAGGGCGACGACGUGCUCUUCGCUGCGUUUGCCCGUGGCAAGCCCAACUCCAUCAAGCCCACCGCCAAUUCGGCCGUCUGCGUCAUGAGCAUCAAGCACCUCAACAGCAUGUUCAAGAUGUACAUGCAGAAGUGCAACACGGUCGACCCGUAUCACUUCACUGGCUCCCACGACAAGUCCUGCUACAAUGUGAGCUCGUCGGACGACUGCGACCCCCACGAGGGUAUCCACGAAGGCAAGGAAGGCAAGUACCGUCUGCAGGUGACCCAGUUUGUGCAGAGGUUGGAGUACUGGCACAAGGAUCUGACUAACACCCUGGUCACCUCCAUCAACGUGGUGCCCGUAAACGGACGCGCCGUUGCCUUCCUGGGUACAGCAGACGGACGACUCAUUCAGGUCCGCUUCUCCAGGUUGGCCUCCCCCCAUGUCAACAUGCGCUUGGACUCGCAACCCGUGUCGUCCACUGUAGUGCUACUUGAUGUCGACGGUGGCGGCUCGGGCGGAGCUCUGUUGUUGGCUACUGGGAACAAGAUCACCAAAGUGCCUCUGAUUGGCCCUGGAUGUGAUCAGCUGACCUCCUGCACUUCCUGCCUGCUGUCGUCACGAGUGACCGAGUGCGGCUGGUGCGACGGCCGCUGCACCAGAGUCCAGCAGUGCCCCGCCCCCUCCGCGUGGACGCAGGACUACUGCGCGCCUGCUGUCACCAAGGUGUCUCCGUCCUCUGGGCCGAUCCGAGGUGCCACCGUGGUGACAAUUUGCGGCCGCAACUUUGGCUUCGACAAGACGGAGAGCUUCAAGGCAUCGCUGGUGAGCGUGGAGGUGGCCGGAGCCCCCUGCAAGCUGUCCAGACAGGAAUACCUCAACAGGUGGACUGAGAUGCAGUGUUCCCCCUUCUUCACUGGGAACUUCACCCCAGCGGGACACGGCAUCAAGGUCACCAGUGGCCACAAGGUCACGCACUUGGAGGGAUUCACCUUUGUGGAUCCGGUGAUCCACAAGAUCUUCCCGACGUUUGGGCCCAAGUCUGGAGGGACUAUGCUGACCAUCACAGGAGCCUUUUUGGACACCGGGAAUAAACAGGAGGUGACUGUUGGGGAGUCCACCUGUAAAAUACAGAGCUUGUCGUCCACCAUGCUGACCUGCAAGACGUCCUCCCACGCCGUCCCUUCCCAGCAGCCCGUCAAGUUGACCGUGGAUUCUGUGGAGCGCCAGGCCCCCCUGAUGUUCACCUACAACCAGGACCCCAUCAUCAACAACAUCCGACCUUCACACUCCUUUGUCAGCGGAGGCUGCACGCUAUCGGCUCACGGCUUCUUCCUGCAGUCGGGCCUCCAGCCUCAGAUGGUCCUCACCACGGUCCAGGAUGCUGUGGUCUUCCAUGUGAGUUGUGUCUAUGGUGAGAACCGGACCUCCAUCCAGUGCACCACGCCCUCCCUGGCCAAACUGGCCCUGCUGCCACCGGUGGUCACCAAGGUGGCCUUCAUCCUGGAUGGCUACUCCACGGAUCAGUGGGAUCUGAUCUACGUGGAGGACCCCCUCUUCCAGGACCCCAAGCUGACCUCUAAGGACAACAAGAGCAUUGUGGAGCUCAAGGGCGAUCGUAUGGACAGGGAGGCCAUGAAGUGCCAGGUUCUGACCGUGUCCAACCACAGCUGCGAGACACUCAACCUAGUGGGAAACACUCUGGAGUGCACCGUCCCCAAUGAGCUGCAGGCCGCCACCGCCAAGGGGCUGCAGGUGGAGUGGCGCCAGGCGGACUCCAUCAGACACCUGGGAAAGGUGACGCUAGCCCAGGAGCAGGACUACACGGGCCUCAUCGUGGGUUGCGUGCUGGUCAGCUUGCUGCUGCUGCUCCUUGCAACGCUGCUCAUGUGGAGGAGGAGCAAGCGCAUUGACGAUCUGUCUGAGGUGUGGUAUGAUGGCCGGGGUGACAUCCAGCAUCUGGACAGGCUGGCUAACGCGAGGAGCGUCAGCCCUACUAACGAAAUGGUGUCACACGAAUCGGUGGACUAUAGAACCACCCUGCUGGAGGAUCAGGGCACAGACAGACCCGAGACGUGCCGUGCGGUCCCCCCCAUGUACGGCAGGGUCAACAGGGAGCUGUUGUCGCCCCAGCUGGGCUCUCUGGCCCGUGGGAUGGGACUGGAGGGCGAGCUGGUGUCACCCCUGCUGAUGGCGCCGGUCCACAUCGACCUGUCCAGUCUGCAUCCGGACCUGCUGACGGAGGUGCAGCACGUGGUUAUAGCCAAGGAGCGACUGCUGCUUCACCUCAACCAGAUCAUCGGAAGAGGUCACUUUGGAUGCGUCUUCCAUGGAACCCUACUGGAGCCAGACGGCCAGAACCAGCACUGUGCUAUCAAGUCUCUGAACCGCAUCACAGACUUGGAUGAGGUCACUCAGUUCCUGAAGGAAGGCAUCAUUAUGAAGGACUUCAGCCAUCCCAACGUGCUAUCCCUGCUUGGCAUCUGCCUGCCUCCCGAGGGCUCUCCUCUCAUGGUGCUGCCCUACAUGAAGCACGGUGACCUGCGCAACUUCAUCCGUGACGAAGGCCAUAACCCUACAGUGAAGGACCUGAUGGGCUUUGGGCUGCAGGUGGCCAGAGGGAUGGAGUAUUUGGCGAGCAAGAAGUUUGUUCACAGGGACCUGGCAGCCAGGAACUGCAUGCUGGAUGAGAGUUACACAGUCAAGGUGGCCGACUUCGGCCUGGCCCGAGAUGUCUACGACAAAGAAUACUACAGCGUCCACAACAAGAGCGGUGUGAAGCUUCCCGUCAAGUGGAUGGCGCUAGAGAGCCUGCAGACGCACAAGUUCACCACCAAGUCUGAUGUGUGGUCAUUUGGCGUGUUGCUAUGGGAACUGAUGACCCGCGGAGCACCGCCCUACUCCGAUGUGAACUCCUUCGACAUUACCGUGUUCCUCCUACAGGGGCGCAGGUUGCUGCAGCCCGAGUUCUGCCCCGAUACCCUCUACACGGUGAUGGUGGAGUGCUGGCACCCGAAGCCGGAGCGCCGCCCGUCCUUCGCAGAGCUGGUGUCUCGCAUCGCCGCCAUCUUCUCCAGCUUCAGCGGCGAGCACUACGUGCUGCUCAACACCACCUACGUCAACAUCGACAAGAUGAGCCCCUACCCCUCCCUGCUCGCGCCUUCAUCAUCCUCCGACCCCGCCUACUCUUCCUCCUCAUCUUCCUCCUCCUCGUCCGAACCCUCCACUUCCCUGACGUCGCACCCCAUCCUUUUUUGCCAUGAGGAGCGAGACUGUUGCGCCUGAAGGGAGGGUGUUAGCGUGAACUACUGUAUGUCCAAACACUGUACAGACAUGUACAUAGACCCUUGAACUUUCACCUUCUCACGCAUCACCACCACUGCCAAACUUCGGACCGAAGUGACUGACUUCCUUCAUCUUUGGACCAGCAUGCUGUCCACGUACAGACGCAGGAAAGCCGCCAUCGUUGCGUCCUACUGGUCAUCUCUAAUGUGAAUGUUCUAUGACAACACGUUGCAACAAAGGACAAAAGUCACCCUGACCUCACGUGAUGUCGUCGCCCUAGAGGCUGUUUACGGUGGUGCAUGUGUGUGGUGUCACUGGAUGCUUCUACUGAGUUCCACAAAACACUUAAAUAGUUCAGGAAAGGUGUGUUCACUGACUUGGAGGAGGAGAAUGAUCCCACAUGUUAUUCCUGUAGUGAAAAAACGCUUCGAAAUAACAAAUACUACAUCAACAAAAUAGUCUAGUUUACUUCUGUACCUUUGCUUUAAGUGCAAAUGUUCAACUUGAAAAUGCAAAAAGGUGAUGUGAGACUCACUGAAGCGGAUAACACUGCCACUGCUUAACCCACCAUGUGCAUGUAUCGCUACCAUACCGUACCAUCCAUUACUUUCAGUACAGUUUCAUUGUGGUUAAAGCAUCUUAAAGUGCAGGCUGGUUUGUAAAAAUAAACACGACUUUUCAUUUAAAUGAUCACAUGAGAGGAUUUCCAAGAUCAUUUGAGUGGCAUCUGAAGUGGGUGGGGCCAUAGACAGACUGGCCUGAAUGUUUGCAAUGAGAAGGAAAUGUAUUAUAUUUUUAUUUUGGACAAAAAUGACCCAUCAGCCGGUGUUGUGGUGUAAAUAAACAUGUUAGCGUUU